AUGGUAGAAAUUUUAGAUCUUUCAAAUAAUCGGUUAAGUGGUAUAAUUCCAGAGUGCAUGGGAAAUUUUAGCAGCCUUCGUGUGUUGGAUUUGCGGAAGAAUAGGUUUUAUGGCUCCAUUCCUGGAACAUUUGCGGAGGGAAAUCAUUACACUCUGGAUCUUGGAAACAAGAAGAUAAAUGAUACAUUCCCAUAUUGGUUGGGAAAUCUUCUAGAGCUACGAGUUUUGGUUCUUUGUUCCAAUAAGUUUUAUGGUUCUAUACGGGAUUGUUCCAAGACAAACAAGUGUUUUCCAAAGUUGAGAAUCUUUGAUCUCUCAAACAACAGCUUCAGCAAUUUUUUGCCUACUCUGUAUUUCAAAAACCUUGAAGCCAUGAUGGAUGUCGGUGAAGAUGAAAGGGAAUUGGAAUAUAUGGGUGAAGAUUAUUAUCAAGAUUCUGCUAUCUUGACAUGGAAAGGGCAUGAAAUUCAACUAGGGAGAAUUAUCACUACUUGCACCACUAUUGAUUUUUCAAACAAUUACUUCCAUGGAAAGAUUCCAAGAGUGAUUGGAAACCUUCAUGCACUUCGUCUUCUCAAUCUUUCUCAUAACAAUCUAUCAGGUUGUAUCCCAUCUGGGAACAUCCCAGAUCACAUCUUUCGCUCACCAAAUCUGCAGUUCCUUAGUUUAAGAGGUAACCUCAACUUGACAGGUGUUUUUCCUAAGGGACAAAUUCCAAUUCCACCACCUUACUUGACAAUAUUUUCGCUGUCAAACAAUGAAUUGACUGGGGAGAUACCUCACUUGACUUGUAAUAUGAGCAUGGUAGAAAUUUUAGAUCUUUCAUAUAAUAGGUUAAGUGGUAUAAUUCCAGAGUGCAUGGGAAAUUUUAGCAGUCUUCAUGUGUUGGAUUUGCGGAAGAAUAGGUUUUAUGGCUCCAUUCCUGGAACAUUUGAUCUUGGAAACAACAAGAUAAAUGAUACAUUCCCGUAUUGGUUGGGAAAUCUUCCAGAGCUACGAGUUUUGGUUCUUCAUUCCAAUAAGUUUUAUGGUUCUAUACGAGAUUGUUCCAAGACAAACAAGUGUUUUCCAAAUUUGAGAAUCUUUGAUUUCUCAAACAACAGCUUCAACGGUUUUUUGCCUACUCCGUAUUUCAAAAACCUCGAAGCCAUGAUUGAUGUUGGUGAAGAUGAAAGGGAAUUGAAACAUUUUAGAGAAGGGGACUAUAAGGAUUCCGUGACGAUGACAGUUAAACGGCAUGAAAUUCAGCUAGUGCAAACUAUCACUACUUUCACCACCAUUGAUUUUUCAAACAAUUACUUCCAUGGAGAGAUUCCAGGAGUGAUUGGAAACCUUCAUUCACUUCGUUUUCUCAAUCUUUCUCAUAACAAUCUGUCAGGUUGUAUCCCAUCUUCCCUUGGAAAUUCGACUGCUCUUGAAUACUUAGACCUCUCUUCAAAUAAGCUUGUUGGGAAAAUUCUGCGAUCUUUGCUCAAUUGUUCAAAACUUGAACUUCUAGAUCUUGGAAACAACAAGGUAAAUGAUACAUUCCCAUAUUGGUUGGGAAAUCUUCCAGAGCUACGAGUUUUGAUUCUUCGUUCCAAUAAGUUAAUUGGUAUAAUUCCAGAGUGCAAGGGAAAUUUUAGCAGUCUUCACGUGUUGGAUUUGCAGAAGAAUAGGUUUUAUGGCUCCAUUCCUGGAACAUUUGGUGAAGGGAAUCAUUACAGGAUGCUUAACUUCAAUGACAAUGGGUUAGAGGGACCAGUUCCACGAUCUUUGCUUAAUUGCUCAAAACUCGAAAAAUGUGGCACUGAUGAUGGGAAACCGCAACCACCAUCAACAUUAGAAGACGAUGCAGAGUCUUCAAGUGGAUUCGGUUGGAAAGUGGUGUUGAUGGGGUAUGGAUGUGGAAUGGUAUUAGGGGUGACGAUGGGAUAUCUUGUGUUCUCAACAGGGAAGCCUCAGUGGGUUGUAAGGAUAGUUGAAGGAGGACACCCAAGAAAGGGGAGAAGGCUGAAGAACAAAUGUGGAGGAAGAUGA